AUGGCAUAUGACCGCUAUGCAGCCAUCUGUAAUCCUCUCAAUUACACUGUCAUAAUGUCAGGAGAAAAGUGUUUCUGGCUGGUAGCAAAUUCAUAUGUCCUUGGAAUUUUGUAUGCAGUUUUACACACUGGAUUCACAUUUACUCUAUCCUUUUGUGGGCCAAAUGUGAUCAAUCAGUACUACUGUGAUAUUCCCCCUCUCUUACAACUGUCUUGUUCUGAUACACACAGCAAUGAGAAAGUGAUAUUUGCACAAGUUAGUAUAAAUUGUGUAGGUAGUACAGUAAUAAUCUUAACCUCUUAUGUUUGAAUCCAUCACCAUCUUGAAAAUCCGUUCUGCUACAAGUCAGUGCAAGGCCUUUUCCACUUUUAUUUGCCACCUGACAGUUGUCAGUUUAUUCUAUGGGACAGUUUUCUUUAUAUAUUUGCUUCCCAGUUCCAUGUAUUCUUUGGAACAAGACAAAGAUGUAUGGUGCUUCCCCUGCCACUGGCGUCCACCUACUGA